GAACCUGAAAUGAUAGCCACUGAAAGAUGUUCUUAUUGAUCGCACUAUUAAAGCAAGUAGUAAGCAUGGAAUUCUAACAAUCUGGGCCCAAAGCAGCAGGCACAGUUGAUUGUGGCAUUAAAUGCGGUGUGAGUCUCUCUCUUCUCUCAGGCCAAUUUUGUAUCUGUCACACUGAUUAAUUUAUCUUUCUUUAUAGUAGGGAUUUAAACUUGGGACCGGACCUCAGCCUAUUCUUGAUCUUGAUCUCAUUGAUACUGGUUGAUUUAUGUUCUGUUGUAAUAAACAGCAUAUUUUGUGUUGCUUUCUUUAUUAUAACUUCGAUGACAUUUCAACUAUAAUUAUAACCAAGCAAUUAAAUCCCUUCCCCAUUCUACUUCUGGCCUAUGUUAUGGUGUAUUCCUUAGAUUUCCUUUUAUGGUUGCCUAAAAGAAACUUUAUGUUGCAUUCUUUAUUAUUUAUUAUUACUUUGAUGACGUUCCAACUGCCAUGGACAAGUAACUUUGAACAAGAUGAUUCCAGUACAACAGAACUUCCAGCCAGCAGCAGCCAUGGAGUCCCAACAGCCUGGAGAUAAAGAAGCAGCUAUGGAGGUCCAACAGUCCAGCUGCAGACGUGGCGGUUGGGUCACCUUCCCCUUCAUUGCAGCAACUCUGUCAGGGUUGAUACUGUGCGGUUGGGGAUGGGUGGCAAACCUGAUUGUGUAUCUAAUCCAGGAGUUCAACGUGAAGAGCAUUGAUGCUACUCAAAUAAAUAAUGUAAUCAACGGUUCAACAAAUCUGCUACCCAUAGUUGCAGCAAUUCUUAUAGACUCUUUCUUCGGCUCUUUUUAUGUCAUUGCCGUGUCUUCCUGUUCCUCUGUACUGGGAACAGUUCUAUUGACCUUAACGGCAUCUAUUACCUCCCUGAGGCCUCCUCCAUGUAAGCAGGGAUCAAGUGUCUGCCAUGCUCCGACCAGAGUUCAAAUCGGAUUGCUGUAUGUUGGUAUUGCUUUGGCUGCUAUUGGUAUUGGAGGAACACGAUUUGCUCUAGCAUCAAUGGGAGCAAACCAAUUUGAUAGGCCUAAAGAUGUAGGGGUUUUCUUUAACUGGUACUUCUUCAUCCUAUACACAACUUUUGUGAUAAGUUCCACAGUUAUAGUCUAUAUUCAGGAUAGCAUCAGCUGGGGACUGGGGUUUGGCCUGUGCGUCGCUGCAAGCACUAUUGGUUUGGCCAUUUUCUUGCUGGGAAAACGAUUCUAUCGACAUGAAAAGCCUCAGGGAAGCCCUUAUACAACUUUAGCUCGCGUUCUUGUUGCUGCUAUACGGAAGAAGAAUCUCCCCCUCUCACCUGAAAGUGUUGAUUACUACCAUGGAAAUGAUGGAAUAAACCAAAAUAUGGUUUCAACACCAACUCAGAGCUUCAGGUUCCUGAACCAUGCAGCGCUGAAAUCUGAAGGAGACAUUCAAACAAACGGCUCGAUUGCAAAUCCAUGGAGGCUAUGUACUGUUCAACAGGUGGAAGACCUGAAAGCUCUAGUUAGAAUCUUCCCACUAUGGUCAAGCUCAAUCUUUUUAUCCAUCCCAAUAGCAAUUCAGGGUAGCAUGACAGUUCUACAAGCUCUAACCAUGGACCGCCACCUGGGUUCCCACUUCAAAAUCCCAGUAGGUUCAUUCGUAGUUGUGGUAUUGAUUUCCACCUCUAUCUUCAUCUCCAUAUUGGACCGGUUCUUGAUUCCUGCGUGGCAGAAGCUGACUGGCCAAUCUCCAACGCACCUCCAACUAAUUGGAGUAGGCCAUGUGUUAAACGUCCUGAGCAUGGUCACAUCAGCAUUGGUGGAAUCAAGAAGGCUGAAAAUAGCCCGUGGCAUCCACCUUGAACCGGGUUCAGUAGUUCCCAUGCUAUCUCUUUGGCUGUUUCCCCAGCUUGUUCUAGUAGGCAUUGGAGAAGCAUUCCAUUUCCCAGGACAAGUUGCUCUAUACUAUCAAGAAUUUCCAUUAUUGCUCCGAAGCACAUCAACUGCCUCGGUCUCUUUAAUCAUCGGGAUAGCCUUCUAUACGAGCACUGCUUUGGUGGAUCUAAUAAGGCACGUCACAGAGUGGUUGCCUAAUAAUAUAAAUGAUGGGAGGUUAGAUAAUGUGUAUUGGACCUUAGUUGUGGUGGGGUCGCUGAAUUUUGGCUAUUUCAUCGUCUGCUCCAGGUUGUACAGACAUAGAAAUAUUGAAGAGAAAGUGGUUGAUUCUGUAGGCAGUGGAAAUGAAGAAAGCAGAACAGAACAAGGUGCUUGAAUCUUGAAAAGAAGAGAGAAGAGUAACUAGAGGAAUAAACAAACAGCCUGUAUCAGUAUGCUAUCCAAUAAUUUUUUUUUUUUGAACAUGCGUAUGCUAUCCAAUAAUUAAUCCUUGUUUGA